GAUUAAAGAAAUAAAAAAAUCUCCCUCUCCUCAUUUUCUAAGAAGCGCCGAAGUUCUCUAGGAAGCUCUAGAAGAUCAAAUCCCUUCACUCUCGCACCUUCUAAAACUCUGUCUACUUCUUCGUGCGUCUGUGUCUCUCCACGAACCAUAAUCUUCUAAAAUAAGCUACAACUACAAAACCCACUUGUGAAAGAUCUCUCCUUUGAUCAGGAGAGUGAGCUUCCGAGAAUCCGACAGACACUUGACAACUAGUUUCAGUUCUUGUCUGAAUCAGGACAAAAUGGCAGAACCAGCGUACACAGUAGCAUCAGACAGCGAGAACACAGGAGAAGAGAAGUCCUCAUCAUCUCCUUCCUUACCCGAAAUCGCCGUUGGAAUCGACAUUGGCACAUCCCAAUGCAGCAUAGCCGUCUGGAACGGCUCUCAAGUCCACAUCUUGCGUAACACGAGAAACCAAAAGCUAAUCAAAUCCUUCGUCACGUUCAAAGACGAAGUCCCCGCAGGCGGCGUGAGCAGCCAGCUCACGCACGAGCAAGAGAUGCUGACCGGAGCCGCCGUGUUCAACAUGAAACGCCUCAUAGGUCGCGUGGACACCGACCCGGUCGUCCACGCCAGCAAAAGUCUUCCCUUUCUCGUCCAAACCCUAGACAUCGGAGUCAGACCGUUCAUCGCCGCGCUGGUGAACAACGCGUGGAGGUCGACGACUCCGGAGGAAGUCUUGGCGAUCUUCCUCGUGGAGCUGCGCCUGAUGGCGGAGAAUCAGCUGAAACGCGCGGUGAGAAACGUGGUGCUCACGGUUCCUGUGUCCUUCUCCAGGUUCCAGCUCACUAGGAUCGAGAGAGCUUGCGCUAUGGCUGGACUCCACGUCCUUAGGUUAAUGCCUGAGCCCACAGCCGUCGCGCUGCUGUACGCGCAGCAGCAGCAGAUGACGAGUCAUGAUAACAUGGGAAGCGGAAGCGAGAGGGUAGCGGUUAUAUUCAACAUGGGUGCUGGCUACUGCGACGUCGCGGUGACCGCAACCGCUGGUGGCGUCUCGCAGAUCAAAGCCUUGGCUGGAAGCGCCGUCGGAGGAGAAGACAUCUUGCAGAACACUAUGCGGCAUGUCGCUCCUCGACCGGACAAGGAAGGUUCGGGGUCGCUGCGUGUGGCGACGCAGGACGCUAUACACAGGCUGUCGAAGCAGGAGAGUGUUCAGAUAGAAGUUGAUUUGGGAGACGGUGACGUGGUGUCCAAGGUUCUCGAUAGGUUGGAGUUUGAGGAAGUGAACAAGAAGGUCUUCGAGGAGUGCGAGAGGCUUGUUGUGCAGUGUCUGAGGGAUGCUAAAGUGGACGUUGAUGAUGUAGACGAUGUGAUAAUGGUCGGAGGGUGUUCUUACAUACCUAAAGUGAGAGCCAUCGUCUCUAACGUGUGCAAGAAGGAAGAGAUUUAUAAGGAAGUGAAUCCGUUAGAAGCUGCGGUUAGAGGAGCUGCUUUGGAAGGUGCUGUGACGUCAGGGAUUCACGACCCGUUCGGGAGUUUAGACCUCUUGACUAUACAAGCUACAGCUCUUGCGGUUGGAGUGAGAGCUAAUGGUAACAAGUUCGUACCCGUGAUACCGCGCAACACGAUGGUUCCUGCGCGCAGGGACCUCUUCUUCACCACGGUUCAUGAUGACCAGAAGGAAGCUUUGAUCGUUGUGUAUGAAGGUGAAGGAGAGAGCGUUGAAGAGAAUAAUCAUCUUCUUGGUUACUUCAAGAUCGUUGGGAUCCCGGCGGCGGCUAAAGGAGUUCCGGAGAUUAAUGUUUGUAUGGAUAUCGAUGCUUCGAAUGCUUUGAGGGUGUUUGCGGCGGUGUUGAUGCCGGGGUCGAAGAGUCCUGUGGUUCCUGUGGUUGAGGUGAGGAUGCCGACGGUUGAUGAUGGACAUGGUUGGUGUGCUCAAGCGUUGAGUGCGAAGUUUGGAUCUGCUCUUGAUUUGGUUACUCUUCAGAGGAAGUGAUGUAAGUUUGAAUAAUGAGGCUCCGAAUGGUAACUGCGGUUUGAGCGGUGCGGGACAAGCGGUUCAACUGCGGUGCGGUUUUAACAGUUAUAAAAAUGUAUAGAUAUAUAGUAUAUGUAGAGAUUUUUGUUACUGUUAACUGCGGGGCGGGGCGGGACGAUGGUUACCAUUCGCAGCCUGAGAUGUUUUAUGUAGUCGUUUAGCAAAGAGUUUGCGUGUGUUUGGAGUCUGUUGUGUUGAAACUUGGUGACAAUGUGUGAAUGCGUAAAUGUAAUGAAGUAAUAAUGUUAUGCACUAUGCAGAUUGUAUAAUAAUAAUAUAAUAAUAAACAGAGUCUUGGACACUUACUUUUGAGCU